CAACUGCUUUCAGAUGAACAACUUGGACAGCCUAGGCAUUUACUGGAACCCAAAGGCAACGUUGUUUUCCCAGACGGAGCUCUCAAAGGAAGAAAUUGUGAAGAGCCUCCAGGGUAUUAUUGCAUCCCGCGAUAAUCUGCCGGCAGGAAUGCAUUACGUGAUUGGGCCAAUUCGUUCAAUGGCAAAGCUUCAGGUGAACCCCAAGCCAGAAACAGAUGAGGCAAAGUUCAGCACUCCUAAGGUCCUUCUCAACUUUGUCAUGGACGAGCUUGCAAUAGGUCUCACCCGACACCAAUAUUCCGACCUCAUGGCUUUGCUGGAUUCUAUGGACAGGAUGAGGCUCUCGUCUAUGUACCGCAAAUAUCGACCCAAUGUCAUGGAAAUUAAGAAUAAUGCCCGACAUUGGUGGCAUUAUGCUUAUAAUUGCAACUUGGAAAACAUUCAGCGCAUUCAUCGCAAUUGGUCAUGGAAGCACAUCAGAGAACAUAGAGCUCGGUGUCGUUCCUACAAGGCAGUCUAUAAGCUUAAGCUAGAAAAUAAGAAAUUAACUCCAGAGCAAGUUAAAGAAAUUGAAGAUGGAGAAAGGGCUCUGGAUGUCUUUAACAUCACACUAAUGCGCCGGCAAGCUGAAAUGGAGGUUGAGCGGGAAGGAGCUCUUCGUCGGCAGGAGCAACAGCAACAAAAGGGCUGGUUCGGAGGUUGGUUCUCAUGGGGCGGCCAGAAGCAGGAUGAGAGGGAAGCUGCAGAGGGGAGCUUAGUCAAGAAGCUAGAGGAGGCAAUGGGUGACGAAGAGAAGAAGAACCUGUAUGAGGCUAUUGGCUAUUCGGAAACCGGCAUCCCACCAGAGUACCCGGAGGAAUUUGAGGAUAUACAGCUGGAAUUCCUCUUGAAGCAGCUAGUCUUGAUUAUCAAGGACGAUGAGAAUGAAGGUGCUACCGUCACAAAGGCCAAGCUCAAUACAGUCACUUUGGAUUUGAAAAGGAGAUCGGCAGCUGAAUCUGUUAGGGUUGUCACUAGUGUACAGAGCUUUGUGGUGGAAGGUUUUUCCACCGAUGGUUCUCCUCCUGAACUGGUGACAUCAGAGGACACUUCGAAGGAGAAACCGCUCCUCCAGGUGCUGUUUGAGACGAACCCAAUGGACAAGUCAUGUGACCAGAGAGUGAAGUUGGAGGCUCAGCCCUUGCAGCUGGUGUAUGAUGCGGCUACAUUCAACCAGCUGCAGGACGUCUUCGCACCUCCAAAGAAUAUUUCCUUGCAGCAACUACAGGCUGCAGCCCUAAACCAGUUGGAAGUGGUGAAGGAGAGAAGCGUCACUGGUCUUCAGGCUGCCAUUGAUAACCACAGUGUACUGGAUCUGAAUAUUGCCAUCGCAGCUUCGCAUAUGAUUGUUCCUGAGAAAGGAGUGUAUAGCAAAGAUUGUUCUGCUGUGGUCCUGACUCUGGGUAGCAUGACAAUGAAAACAGUACCUCGAAAGAGAGACGCUCCGGCUCUCACUGACCUGGUGACCCGAGGCAUGUCACAGGAGGAGGUUGUGGAAGUAGUCAGGUCUUCUUCAUAUGACCACUUCACUAUUGAGCUCGUAGAUACACAGGCUGUUGUAGCCAUGUCUGGAGAAGACUGGAGAACCACUCUGAGUUCAAAGGAACCUACGCCUCUCCACCUUCUUCAGCCGACCACUCUACAUGUAGAUCUUCUUAAGUGCCUCCUUACAGAUGACCCUAACUUGGCCAAGGUUAAGGUCAAUGUGUCCCUACCCAAUGUGACCCUUUCUAUUGUAGAUGAGCGCCUUCUUCAGCUGGCCUACAUUGCACACAGCAUACCUCAGCCUGAACAGCCAGAACAAGAGGAGGAUGAAGAAGAUCACUUUGACCAGGAUACUGAUCUGAACAUGAAUGUGAUCCUGGAGGAUGCAGCCAUUGCUCGCUUGGAGAAGGUGAAACUUAACCCAGAUGGGCAGCCGCAGGACACUCCCCAGUUUACCAAACUAGAGCUCAGUUUUUCCCUGAAAGAGACAAGUCUUGAGUUAAAGAGAGCCACAGGGAAGACUUACCAACCACUAAUGAAGCUGUCAGCUUUGUCAACUAGUGUGGAAGUGGUCCAGCGCACAUUUGAUCUCACUGCCUCGGUGAUCCUCGGAGGUGUAUUGGUCCAGCAUCUGGAUGGCUGUGAUCGUUGGCUUCUAAGCACACCUCUGGCGGAGGGCAGCAGUGAAGAGGCACUCCUAACAAUCAAAUUCACUCAGGUAGACCCCAAGUGUCCAGACUUUGAGAGCAAGCACGCCUCCACCCUUCAGCUGCUCUGUGUGGAUGUUACCAAUCUGACUGCCCAGCUAGAACAAACAGCCAUCCUCAGUAUCAUAGCCUUUGCUGAGCAGCUUUCAAGCAAACUAGGGGAGGUUGCACCAACACAACCAGUUGAGGAGAAGGCAGCAAUUGAACCAUUGCAGAAAGUAGGGGAUGAAAUGUCGGACAAGAAGACCCAGAGUAAGCCUUUGGGCAAACUAAAAAGAAAAUCUUUGGUUAAAGGAAAGAAGAAAGAUGUAAAGGAGAUUACUACACUUCGUGUACUGGCAAGGCUGGGCCGUGUCAGUGUAGUCAUUGGUUUAGCUAAUCGUGAUGUAGCUCAAGUGGAAGUCGCAGGACUGGUGGCUAACAUCAUGAUGCAAGGGAAGGACAUAACAAUAUCUUCACGACUGAAAGACUUUACAGUAAUUGACCCUGGCUCAGGGGCACUUCAUCCAAAGAUUGUAGAGGUCAUGGAUGCAGAAGCCUGGGACGCCAAUGUGAAGGUAUACGGAGAGGCGACAGAAGGCCACAAUUAUUUGGAUAUGAAUCGUGUUAAUACAAGUGUAGCUCUAACAUUUGGCUGUGCAAGGAUUGUGUUCCUAAACAAGUUUAUCAAGGAUGUGUUGAGUUGGAUCAACACCUUCCAAUCAGCCAAGGAUGCUGUAGCCUCAGCAAGUGUGGCAGCAGCAGCGGCCGCCCAGGCCAGGAUGCAAGAGGCAUAUCAGGAGUGUUCACGUGUCAGUCUUGCUCUCACACUCAGGGCUCCUCUGAUUCUCAUUCCCCAAGACUCACACAGCCUCUCAGGAUUGAUGGUGGACUUGGGUGAAAUAUCCAUACGUAACAAAUUUGUGUUGGGAGAGGACAGGAAUGAGCUUGGGUACCCAUCCAUUUUUGAUGAGAUGACACUGGAACUGUAUAAUGUCAAGGUGUCAAGGGUUGUAUUAUCAGCAACAGGAGUUGCAGAGCAAGAACAUGGGCUGUUACAACCCAUCUCGUUAGACAUUUCAGUCAAACGAAAUCUCACCAUAUCUUGGUACAAGAAGAAGCCAGAGCUCGAGAUCCAGGCUAUGCUCAAACCAAUCAAGAUGGUCUUAAGUGAGGAGGACCUUCGUGUGACACUCACAGUGCUACAGGACAACUUGGGGGAACAAGGCGAUGUAUCACUCUCAGAAGUCAAUGCUCCUCAAGUGGACAGGGCAGUGAAAAGGACCCGCAAGAAAGAGAUUACAGAAAAUGCUCAGGACGUGGAGAUGUUUCUGGCUCAGCAUGGGCACAGCUACACCAAGAUCAGCUUUACUUUUACCAUUGAAUCUGUGACCCUGUCGUUACUCACAAGUGCACAAGGGACAAAGGAAUCGUUGCUCUUUGAGGAUGAGUCCAUGGAGAGCCUGACUUCAUCUUCGUUCAAGGAGCUGUCCCCCCAACCAGGGACGAGUGACACUUUUGCCCUGCCUCGUGUAAGUCUUGGGGAUGCAAGAGGCAGCAGGAGAUCGCUGCCCCAUGUGACAGGCGACGUAGCUAUGCAAGAAUUGGGAUUGGUGGCCCAUGGCAGAGAGCUGGCAGAGUUCAGCUUGAAGGUGGUAACGCUAAAGGGAGAUAUGUGCUCGGAUGGAUCGCUGUCGGCCAAUCUGGUGCUGUUUGACUGUGUCCUGCAAGAUACAAGACCAGGUCAGGAGGGCCACAUCACACGAAUGAUGAGAAGGAAGCCACAGACAGGCAAGAAUGGCAUGAUCGACCUCACCUACCGCCAAGGGCCAUCUGGGGAUACUUUUAUUGACAUGAGGAUUUCUGGCUUUGUGUUGCUUCUGCAUCUUCCAUACCUGCUGAGAAUCCAGAGGUUUUUCACGGACAACCUGCCGCAGAAACCCCAGGAGCCUUCACCUCCUCCUUUGGCAGCUCCCAAGGCCAAGGAUUUCAAGAGACAGAAGAGUGGCAUAAGCACGAUCGACAUGGAGAAACACACUGCCAAUUUGAUGACCGUUCGCUUCAGGGUUGAGCAGCCAGACAUCGCGAUUGUGAAGGAUGUCACCACGGAAGAUACUCAUUGCAUCAUAAUGCAUGCUGAGGUGAAUGGAGAUUUAAAAACAACUGCAUUACAGCAAUCAGUGAAUGCCAGCAUCACAAAGAUACAAAUGUACACUUGCUGUUACAACCCCAGCCGGAGGAAAGAGACUCUCUCUCAAAUUCUCAAUCCUUGUGAGAUUGGCUUUGUGAGCUCUUCCACGCCAAGCCAUGCGCAGCACCUUGAUGUAACAGUCUCCCGCGUUGAUCUGCGAGUGUCGCCAAUCACCAUUGAACUGUUAAGCAGCCUCACAAUGGCCCUAACAGCACUUGAAGAGCCAGUGAAUGCAGAGGUUGAAGAAAUCAAAGAGUGGGUCGAUUUGUGGGAUCCGAGACCGCUAGACAUCUCUCAGUAUGACUUCCUUGCUGUGGAGGAAGCUUCUGAAGCCUUUGGGGAGGAGGCUAUGGAAGCCAUGUCACCUGUGAAGCAAGGGCCUGGGGGGGAGCUGGCAGUGGUGGCGAUGGAGUGCUUCCUUGUGACGAUCGAAACUGGCUCGGGGACGUCUCCGAUCCCUCUCAUCAAGUUCCAGUCCAGCAUCACUCUGACUGCAUCAGGGUUCUUUUCCAAAAAGCUGAGUGUAAAUGGAGACUUAAGUAUUGAAUUGGCAUACUUCAACUCGCGCUUGGCUGUGUGGGAACCGCUCUUAGAACCUGUUGAGGUGGUGAAUAGAUCUGCCUUUCCUGAUCAUGCACCGUGGAGUCUUCACUUUGAGAUGUCUCAAGAAAUGGGAACUAAUGGGCCAAAGAGCCCAGGGAAGAGUGGCCCCACAUCUCCCAUUGCAUCACCAGAGAGUGAUGAAGUAGACUUUGAGGAACUGCAGGCACCACUUCCUGCCACCACAAUAUCUGUCACAGCAAAGGAUUCAUUACAUCUCACUGUCACAAAAACUUUCAUGGAGGUCUUGACCACCCUAUCCAAAGCCUUUGCUGAUGCAUAUAAAAGAAAUUUGACAGCAAGAGACACGCACCUUGCCCCGUAUCGCAUCAUCAACCAGACCGGAAAGAAUGUCAGUGUUGCUGUGAGACAGUCUGGAUUUCAGGUGGCUGCAGAAGGAGGGGAGAAUGUGGAAGAAGUGAUGGUUGAGUCAGGUGCAGAGGUUGACCUGUUUGAAAUAGCACCACAGACACCCAAGCACAAGAGGGUAGCAUCUCUGGUGGCUGACUACCAAGCUGUCCAGGACCGCAACAUUACAUUCAGAAUUCCUGACCUAGGAUGUCAGUGCACAAUUCCAGUUAGCCGCGCAGAUAAGCGGUACUUCCAAGUUGAACACACACGCGGUGGAGAGAAAUGGGGACUUGUUGCAGCCAUAUCUGUUGAAAGUGGCUGUAAGAUCAUCACUCUCAGCUCUUGUGUACAGAUAACAAACCACUUGGAUGUAACGGUGGAAGUUUACUAUAUGAAUGAACGAGGUAAUGAAGUGGUGCACGUAGUGUCCCUCAAACCAGGCGAAAUGGCGUCUUUACCUCUACAUGCAGUUUACACAUUAACUGCAGAAAUUUUCUUCUCAGUGGAAGGGCAUUCUGUGUGCAUCAUACCAUUCAUAUGGAGAGAUCUUCAAAAUUCUCCAAAUUUAGUACAAGAACUCCAGUGCGUACCAAGAGAUGUGGAUGAGUAUCAUUCUUCACCCUUCUUUAUUGCUGCAAUAGGAGAUGUUGAGCAGAUUUUGUGGCAGAACACUUCACGGCGCACUAUGACGAGUGCAUUGUACAAGAUCCACCUGAAGCCAAAAGUGGUUCUCCACAACUUGCUUCCAGUGCCUGUCUCAGUAGAGCCACCUGGCACCAUGUGUACUAACGUUCUGAUGCCAGGUGCUUCUGUUCAGCUGACGAAAGCCCAGCUGGGAAUGUCAUAUCUCAACCUCCAGAUUCUAAACUAUCAAGGAUGCGAUUGGGUGUGUGGCAAACCCCUAGCAGAAAAGCCGCAGGAACUUAGUGUAUGGACCUUCGAAUCACGGGGGGACAUCAUGGGUGGGCCGCUGCAGCUUGACCUCGGCAUGAUGGCUUCCGCACCUGGUUCUACCAUGACUCUCAACCUCUACUGCCCAUUCUGGAUGGUCAACAAGACAGGCCUUAUGCUGACUUAUAGGAAAUCUCGCAAAGUUGAGCGUGCAUCUCUGUCAUCCCCACCUGAAUCCCCGAGCAAUACCCUUCAGCGUUGGGCGUCAUCUGUGUCUCUCGUCUCGUUGUCCUCUAGAGUUGGUGGAGUGAGCGAUGCACCCAGCAACUACGUGGUCCACGAAGAAGGCAAUGGAGAAGCUGUCAUGUUCUCUUUCAAGUCAAAAGCAUUCUUUGGCAAGAAGAAGGUGACGGUGAAGGUGGAAGACAGUGAAUUUUCCGAGAAGUUCUCCCUUGACGUUGUGGGCAGCUCUGGUUCGGUCAGUUGCAAGUCUCCAAGCAGAACGUACCAAGUGGGAGUUGACAUUCAGCUUGGUAAUUCUGGUCUGACCAAAAUUGUGAUCUUUACACCAUUUUACAAGAUCCUCAACAAGGCUCCCUUUGACUUGGAGGUUAUGGAGGCUGAGUUUCCACAUGCUGAAUGGUUUACUGUGCUUUCUGGAGAGUGCAUUGGAUGGUGGCCAAUAGGAAAUGGAAGACGCAUUCAUGUGAGAAUAAGGGGAACCAGUGAAAUGACAGCAGCUUUGCGUUAUGACCAACCACUCUCAACUCUUCUUUAUAUACCUAACAAGUAUGGAGGCAUUUCUGCGGAGGUGAACCUGAUGGAUGGCGGUGCUAUGGUGCAGUUGGACCAAUUCUCAGAGGGCAUGACACCUGUCCUGAUCAUAAAUCAUCUCACCAACACAACUGUCUCUCUCUGGCAGCACAAUAAUGAUAACAAGAAAGUCCAUGUGAAACCCCAGUCCAUACAGCACUAUACAUGGAGUGAUCCUGGAGGUUCACUUCAGUUGGUGUGGGCGUGCGGGGCUGGGAAGACCACUCAGCACUCACUGGACAAGGAUGAGCGUGGUCAGAUGAAUGAUGAUACAGUCCACUGGGUGGUGUUCCUCUUUGGAAACCAGCGGUGUUUGCUCUUCACGGAUGAAAUUGAAAUUGCCACAGCUGCCUUAAAUGCUGUUGAGUCAGAACGCAUUAACCAGGAACUGAAGUUCUCACUAAGCAGCAUAGACCUUUCGUUAGUUGAUGAUGUUAGGAAGAAGGAGGUUGCAUACAUGAGCUUGGCUAGCUCUGGUGUUGUGUGGGAAUACCGUAAAAUCAAGGGCAGAAAGUACCGUCCUUUCACGCAAAACCAGACAAAUGAACUGGAAGUCUGCCACAACUUGUAUCAGGCUCAGCUGAAAACAUUCUCAGGAGGUGCCCCUAUUCAGUCAUACUAUGUGAUUAGAGAUAAUUUUGAGGUGGAUUUUGAAAACAUGAGAAUUCUCAAACCUUUCCACAAAAACAUUCGAAGGACAUUCCAGCCUGGGAUCUGGUUUGAGCUGCGAACAUCACCUCACCAACGACAGAUCCAUCUGAAAAUUAACAGCCUUCAGAUUGAUAACCAGAUGACAGAUGUGAUGUUCCCAGUUGUAUUAGCAAGAGUCCCUCCCCCCAGAAGUGUCAUGGCUGAGACAGUUGCCAAGCCAUUCUGUGAAGUUAGCAUCGUGCAGAGACUCACCUCACCAAGCUUCUCUCAGUACAAGUAUCUGGCAAUGCUCAUACAAGAAUUUCACAUUAAAGUUGAGCUGCCUUUUGUAUAUGCCGUCCUAGAGGUGCUAUUCCCAUCGAAUGAUGUCUCAGACAAUCUUUAUUCGAUGGAAGAGUUUGAUGAGGAUAACAAACUUGUUCGUGAAACUUUGACUAUGAGGGCCCAAAGCCAAGCUGUCAGUGGUCAGAAGGACUAUUAUGACCUUUUGCAUCUUUCUCCUAUUAAAAUGCACCUGAGCUUCUCCUUGAGUGGGUCAGAGUCAGGAGCCAGUCUGCCUGUGGGAGGUCAGGUCAUUCACCUCUUCCUGGAGAGUGUGGGAGUGACCUUGACUGAGGUCCAGGAUGUUGUUUUUAGAUUAUCGUACAUGGAGCGACAAAAUAAGUGGAUGACGUUGGGCCAGCUCACGCAAGAGAUGAUUAGCCAUUACAGAGGGCAGUUCCUAAUGCAGCUCUUCAAAGUUGUGCUUGGGCUGGAUGUCAUUGGCAAUCCAUAUGGACUUGUCAUAGGCUUGACGCAUGGGGUGGAGUCCCUGUUUUAUGAGCCUAUUCAGGGUGCAAUUGAAGGCCCAGGAGAGUUUGCAGAGGGAAUGCUGUAUGGACUGACCAACUUCAUGGGAGCAACAGUUGGUGGUGCGGCUGGGGCUGUGUCACGCAUCACAGGAACUAUUGGCAAGGGAGUUGCUGCCCUGACUCUUGAUGAUGACUACCAGAGGAGGAGAAGGGAAGCAAUGCACCGCAAACCUGCUGAUGGAAUUGAAAGUCUUGCCAGAGGAGGCAAGGGAAUGGUUACGGGCGUGUUUGAUGGAGUGACCGGCGUGUUCCUGAAACCCAUUGAAGGGGCCAAAAAGGAAGGUGUGGAAGGGUUCUUCAAGGGAAUGGGCAAGGGCAUGGUUGGCCUUGUUACUCGACCAGCCUCAGGCGUCAUCGACUUUGCCAGCGGGUCAUUUGACGCUGUUAUGAGGGCAACAGAAGCAGGUGAAGAGACAGUUAGCCGUAGACGGCCUUCGAGGUUCAUAGGCCCAGAUAAUGUUGUGCGACCAUAUGUGCAACAUUUUGCCGAGGGAGCCAAACUGCUACGCGAAUUGGAGAAAGGUCGUUAUGCUGAAACAGACGUGUAUGUUGGCCAUGCCAUCAUCACAGAGAAUCGUUCUAUGCUCAUCGCCACAGACAAGAGGAUAAUGUGUAUAACACGAAAUGACAUCUUGGGCCACUGGAAGGUUGACUGGCUUCAUGUGUAUGAGGACCUGUCAGAACCACCAUUUAUUACCCCCAAGGGAUUGCGUUUAUCUGUCAGACAAGAGAAGAAACGUGUAUUAGGUGUGUUUGGUGGUGGAGACAACUCAAAGCUAGUCCCACUCAAAGAUCCUGAGGAGGGCAAAGUAAGUUUCCAAAAUAGAGGCUCUUCUGUAAAUGUGACGCACAGUAGACAGCAUGGACGUACAAUGCAUGCUGUACCUCCAGUGCAACCCACCUCCACUGGUCCUAGUAGCACACAUAGUCUUCGUUCUAGCUCGUUCACACCCAAAAGAUCAAGCUCUAGUUUAGCUGGAGGACAACAGCAGCAAACCCAGAGGCGAGGAGGUCUUUUUGGUGUGUUGGGAGCCCUUAGCACGGGUGUGGUACAAGCUGGGAGAGGUGUAAGCCAGGGCAUUUCUCAGCUUGGCAAUAUUGGCUCACAGGGGAGAGGAUCUACACCCAGGAGCGAGGUCAGGGGGCAUGUGGAACAAGGAUUCGAAGUGAUCCCUCAUUCUGCUGAAGUAUCAGCUCCCAAGGAGGUGGCAGAAGACAUUGUCAGCUAUAUUCAGGUUCCAUAUGAGAGCUUGGAGAUGCAGGCAUUCCUAACUGCAGUAAUUGAAGCUUACCAGAAGACAAAGUGCUCCAAAUAGGGACAUCACAUGGCGUUGCAGAUGCAUCCUACGACCUGGCGGGAGAAAUGGACACUCAUUGAUCCCACUUCAUCUCAUGGGUCUUGAACAGAUCCUUUGCCUUAUGCAGUUAUGAUAGCCAGUAUUUCAGUGAAAGAAAAACUAAAAAAAUAAACCUGGUGUAAGGAUAUGAUAUUAAAUGCUUUGAAGUAUCAGAGAAUGCCCAUGAUGAAACAUUACACAGUUUUCAGACCUAUUUGCAUGCUGUACGGUGAGUGGGCAUGGAAUUCCAAUAUCAUAGGUAACAACGUGCUUGUAAAAAAUCACAAAACUUUAGGGACCUUCAUAUAAAAGCUGUCAAGUUUUUAUCAAAGCUUUGCAGUGGGUUAUCAUCAGGGAUGUUUAGCAACAAGUUUAAAUUACAGCCUUAGAUUACCUUUUUUUUUUACAUGAAUUCACAUGCUUGCAUUAACAUUAUAUUAGAUCAGUGCUUUUCCAAUUUUAUAUUAAACCAAGUACUGUAAUAUAUCAAAGUUGUUUGCAUUGGUUAGUGGUCUGUGCAAACUAUCUGCUAUGCAUAAUACCAUGAGUACAUACCUGUACCAGUUGCUGUUUUGUGAAAUUAUUGUUCUGUGAUUAAUACAUGUGCAUCUCUUAUAUGGCUGGAAGAACAUUUUAUAUUAUUUUUAGAUAUACAGAAGAAAACAUGAAACUUGCAAAUACAUGAUAAAUAUUUACCACUAUUGCUGUUACAUUUAUAUGCUUUGUCUCUUUCUGCUAGAACCUAUAAUAUGUUUUUUUGCUGCCUAGCAUUGCAAAAAAAAUAGUAGGGUCUUUGGGAGUGUUUUCACCGAACUAGUUGCCACAUUUGUAAUUAUUGCAUAUUUUUAACAUAAUCUGAAAAUACAUGUGUGGCUUUUGGUAGUAAAAUCUUGUAGUAUAUUGAUUUUGUUCAUGUCAUUCAAUUACUCAAGGCAAUGUUUAUUCUGUGUUAAAUAGGCAUGAAUAAGUAUUGAGUUUUUUCAGUUCUGUUAUUAUGCUCACCCUCUACUUAAAAUGGUGGUCUGUCAUAUUUUUCACAAAGAUAAUAUGAAAAAUUAUUCUGAUACAUAGCAAAACAUACAUGAUAAAACACAUAGUCAAUAAUAAUUGCAUAACCAUAGUUUUGAAUGAAAAAGUUAACAGAAUGAAUCUUUCAAAACAUACUAGAUGUCAGAAAAGGAUUUCUAAAAUUUAGCUAGCAAUUACCAUGAUAACUGGCAUAUAGAGGAGUCUCCAUCAUCAUGGCAUUAAUGAGGUAAUAAAUCAUUGUGAUAAGUGACAACCUGGAAAUAUUCAUGAAUUUAAUUAGAAACCAAAGAAAGUCAUGUAAUGAGGUAUAUCUUUUUCACUCUACUUAGAUGCACAUUCAGGGAAUAUGUUGUGAUCCAGACAGCACUGCAUAAAGAACUUGAAUGAAAAGCAAUGGUUUUUUUUUAUAAUUCUUGUUUAAUUUUGGUGUGUGUAUGGUUUUAUAUGUUGGUUUCCAGUGUUAGGUAUGUGACUUAAUUUUUGUUGUUGUUAAAAAAGAGGAGUACUUAUAAUACAGAGAAUACCACAGAAAAGUAUCUGGGUAUUUCUUAAGGUUUCUCUCUAUGCUGCAACUUCUUCCUCAGACAAAAGAAAAAACUAUAUUGGAAGUUUUGCAACACAACUUACCUGUUAUGAAAUGGAAUUUUGCUUCCACUCUACUUCAAGAAAAAUUGUCUUUAUAUUAGCUUUAAUGAUGAGGCUACCAGCAACUUAUCUAUUUGCUUGGGGAAUGGGAUAGCCUCAUAGCAGAGACAUGACUAGAAUGUGAUAUUACAGAAGUCUGGUUUAUAUCUUUUUUCUUCUUCUUUUUUGAGUUUGAGCAUCAAAUUGCUCUCGUUUUUUACUGCUUUUAUGUAGAUUUUUACAAAGAAUCUUUUGGAGUUUUUGUUUUCUCAUGAUUUAUGUCAUACAUAUUAUUAUGACAGUUAUAGAGGGUUUUCUUUGCAAGAGCUGUUUCCAGUUUGAUGUUUUUGUGAUGUAGGAAAGGAUGUUACAUUU